AUGGCGGAUCGCGUUCUGCUGCUACUGGGCGUCGCGGCAGUCACCAUCGCCGUCGGCUAUGGCCUACACAAGCGCUUUUCUGGAGAUAUCGUCGAUUUGUGGCACGCAUACCACCAUGGUAAAGAGCUUACCGUCUCGACACCCAAGUCGUCCCCUCAGCCACUACAGGAGCCGUUGGCAAGCGCGGUAUCACGUACCGCGAACAUCACAUUCUCGAGCGCCGCGCCACCGUCAACACCUUCACACUCGAUGAUGUUUCUGGCGCAAGACUACGGCCUUCCACUUGGCAGUGGCACAAGCCACAGCAUUGGAAGUAACAACCUGAUCAUCCCCGCCGAGGUCGUUCUGAUCCUCGCUGCACUCGGCAUCGCCUUGAGCUUUAUGGUGACGCUAUUGCUCGGCGUAGCCAACGCGCGAGUCGAGGCUGCUGAGCGCAGGGCAGAACAGGCAGAGAGUCGAGCCCAGGAUCUCGAGGAUGAAGUACCUGACGCGCUCGAGAUGAUCGCGACCAUCAUUUAUGACUCGACCAUGAUGGCGCGCCAGUAUGAGGCCAGUCUGGUGAUGCUCAAUGAUCUCAAGCCCGAAUCGACAGGCUCGCCUGCUGACGAUCUCGAUAUCAAGGAGAUCUCAGCUACCGACGCCACUGCCAGUAUUGAUGAUCUGAAGCCCAUCACCAAAGCCGAUUUCAGAGCAGAUCGCGAAGCGCAGCCAACUGCACGACACAUCAUUCAUGUCAAGGGCAUUCCAAUGGACGUCACGGAGACCAUGCUUGUGGAGUGCCUCGAAGAGGUGGCCGGUACAAUCUCACGUCGCUUGAUCGUGCAACCGAAGCACGGUUUGGACGAGUACGGGGCCGUUGUCUACUUCGAGAAGGCCGAAAGCUACUUGAAGGCUACGAAGAUGAAGGGAGUGUUCCGCGUUGAGGCUCUGCGUUGGAAGGUUGAACAAGAUGUGCAGAUCGGAGGACAUACAGCAUCAGCUGAACUCAAGUUGGCGUCCAGCAGCAGCGGCAACAUCCAGGACAAGCGCCAGGAAAACUAUACCACCAACGAAGUGCGAAUCCUCGACCAAGUGGAAACAUCCUCACAAACCGAGUCGCAAAUACCCGCCACUUCACCAGUCCCAGACAGCAAAAUCACUCCCGUGGAUGACACAGGCUCGGUGGACGCCGCACCAUCCUCGCCUAUCAGCCUUCCUGCCAACAACCAUGAGGACAUCGAACACGAGAACGGCUUUGUGGCGGAGACCGCUGCUGAGAAGAUGAACGAGGAGGAAGAUGAGGAGGAAGGCCAGUUGGACGAUGAGGACGACAAGGAUGAUGAGAAUGAGGAAGACGAGGACGAUAAUCCUUCAGUCAUGGCAGCCGACAAGUACUGCAAGGCCGAGAACCUCCGAUUCGAUCGCGACACUGUCGUUGAGCCCAAGACGGCAGAGGAAGAAGUUGCAAUUGACGCCGGAAGCAAUGCUUUGACCGCUUUGUUGAGAGCGCGUCGACGAUCAAGGCAUAACACCAAAGAGGAGCUUGCAGAGUCAGCUGCAGAGCAAGAGUCGGUCGAGAAGGUGGCAGCUGGUCUUUUGGAUGCGUCCAAGGGAAAUGAGGAUGGUGACAGUGAGGAGAAGGUGCAACAAGCCACCGCACCAAGCACUCCCUCUACGGAGGUCCAGCCCGCUGCGAAGGCGCCUGAGACGACGAAUGAGUCUGGUGCUGGACUUGACGCAGCAACGAGCGCCAACAGCGUAUUGCCAGAUGGGGUUGAGACCUCGACCGACGUGCAACUUCCAGCACUCCUUCAAGAGACUGGUGAUGAGGUCCGGCCUGAGACGCAACGCGCACUUGCAACAAACCCGGCCAAGCCUACGGAGACUCUUACAUCUCGGCAGGACGAGGCACCAGCAUCGACUCGAGCCAGCAGCUUGAAGCACUCGGGCGGUGCGACGGCUUUCGUGCCACGCUCAGCUACGCAAUCGUAUACAUCUCCACUCGUAGCACCCAGCAGUGGACUUGGGGCAGCUGAGCAGAACCCUCGGCAAAUCGACACUACUCAACCUCAGCGCGAAACCCCAAGGCCAAGCACAGGUAUCUUUGCGUCGAAUUUCGCUAAUCUUCCUGGUAUUGAUACUUCGGAAACAGUGCCGGCGACGACGAACGACGACUUCCAACCGCCUGCCGGCAUGCAUGAUCCGAAAGCAGUGCCAGCAACGUCGAACACCCAUUUCCACCCACAUGCUGGCACGCAUACCCCGAUAGCAGUAUCGGCAGCGGCGGAUAUCAUCACCCGCACGAAUACUGGUAUACAUGCCCCAAAGGCAGAGCCAACAGCGUCGAGUACCAGUAUCCCGGUACCAGAUACCUCAGUGCCUCAGUCAAGCCGCCGCCAUCAAAUCGCUAAGGGCCCGAAGUCUUACAACCAUACCACCAAUCAAGGAUCUUCAACAUCCGGUACGAAUCAUGGCCGUCGGCGCAAAACAUCUCAGUGGUCAAAGAAGUCGUUCAGGGGUACGGAGUAUUGGCAGCACAAUCAUAAUGGUGACAUCUGCUGGGUCAAGGAACCGCGUUGCCGAGUACACGACCAGACCAGAACGUCGACUAAGCCUCCUUGCAGUCCUCCUCCAGGCUUUCCAGGCUUCUGA